GAGAGAGAGAGAGGGAGUCGGAGUCGAUCCGGAGUCAUUGACAAGUACAUCGCCGUUGGCAUAUUUUCCCACAAUACAACCAACUCUCUUUCAACUCCUCCUCCAAAAUACCAACAGAGAGAGAAGCAGAAGAAAUUCAGGGAAAAAAUGGAUCAGAGGCCCAAGACCAAAAUCGUGUGCACCCUUGGACCCGCAUCGCGGUCGGUUCCGAUGGUGGAGAAGCUGCUGAGGGCCGGCAUGAACGUCGCCCGCUUCAACUUCUCCCAUGGGUCCCACGAGUACCAUCAGGAGACCCUCAACAAUCUCAGGGCCGCCAUGGAAUCCACCGGCAUCCUCUGCGCCGUCAUGCUCGACACCAAGGGUCCAGAGAUUCGAACGGGGUUUCUCAAAGAUGAGAAACCUGUCCAGCUCAAACAGGGCCAAGAGAUCACCAUCUCCACUGACUAUACCCUCAAGGGUGAUGCAAAUAUGAUUUGUAUGAGUUACAAAAAGCUGGCUAAGGAUGUCAAGCCAGGGAGCAUGAUUCUAUGUGCUGAUGGCACCAUCUCCUUUAUGGUUUUGUCUUGUGACAAGCAAAAGGGUUUGGUUCAAUGCCGCUGUGAGAACUCUGCAGUUCUUGGUGAGAGGAAGAACGUUAAUCUUCCUGGGGUCGUUGUGGAUCUCCCAACCUUAACAGAGAAAGACAAAGAAGAUAUUCUCAAGUGGGGUGUUCCAAAUAAGAUUGACAUGAUUGCACUGUCUUUUGUCCGGAAAGGUUCUGAUCUUGUGGAGGUUAGGAAGCUCCUUGGAAAGCAUUCUAAGAAUAUCCUUCUCAUGUCAAAGGUUGAGAAUCAGGAAGGGGUGGCAAAUUUUGAUGACAUCCUUGCACAAUCAGAUGCAUUCAUGGUGGCACGAGGUGAUCUUGGAAUGGAAAUUCCAAUUGAAAAGAUCUUCCUUGCACAGAAAGUGAUGAUCUACAAGUGCAACAUCCAAGGAAAACCUGUGGUCACGGCAACACAGAUGUUGGAGUCAAUGAUCAAAUCUCCCCGUCCAACUAGGGCUGAAGCUACUGAUGUUGCCAAUGCCGUUCUAGAUGGCACAGAUUGUGUGAUGCUAAGUGGCGAGACUGCUGCAGGAGCAUACCCUGAACUUGCUGUGCGGACCAUGGCAAAAAUCUGCGUAGAAGCAGAAAGCACCCUUCAUUAUGGAGAUGUCUUCAAAAGGAUUAUGGAACACUCCCCCGUGCCUAUGAGCCCGCUAGAGAGCCUGGCUUCUUCGGCCGUUAAAACAGCCAACUCAUCCAAAGCAGCUCUUAUAUUGGUCCUAACCAGAGGAGGAAGUACCGCAAAGCUGGUGGCCAAGUACAGACCUGGCAUGCCUAUACUGUCUGUUGUUGUCCCCGAGAUCAAGACAGAUUCAUUUGACUGGUCAUGCAGUGAUGAAGCUCCAGCAAGGCAUAGUCUGAUUUUCCGUGGGUUGGUUCCAGUUCUAAGCGCGGGAUCUUCUAGGGCCUCUCAUGCAGAGACAACCGAAGCAGCACUGGACUUUGCCCUUCAACAUGCCAAGACAAAGGGGCUCUGCAAGAACGGAGAUGCUGUUGUGGCUCUGCACCGUGAUGGAACUGCAUCAGUGAUCAAGAUCUUGACCGUGAAGUGAUGUUCAUCCGAUGAUUUGUUAUGUCAUCCUUUCCUUUUUGGCGUUCUCAAAAUUAGCCAAUGACAAUGCUUAUGAUUUUGACUUGCCUCGUUUAAUAUGUGUUUUUGGAUGCGAAAACAUCUACAUCUACCGCCGUCAUCAGUGUAUGUGAUGAGCAGGCUUUGAUAGCUACACAAUUUGCCGAUAUUGCGAUAUGGGACUUUAUGCAAAACGUUUACUAAUAUGAUCAUUUGCUGAA